AUGCUGAGGCAGAGCUCUAGUAGGAACCACAGAUCGAAAGGUCUGAAGCUAAAGAAAGCUCUUCAGAUAAGUCUUUUGGUUCUUGUGUCUGUUUGGUUGCUCUACCAAGUAAAGCAUUCGUACGAGAAGAAGACGGCAUAUACUGAAAAUGAUGCCACCAAUAACGAAGCCAGUGAUGAGCAUAAAGAUGAUCAGAGCCAGGCGGGCGUCAUCAAACUGGGCAGGAAAGACCUGCCAGCAAAGGAGGCCGACUCGUCAACACUGGAUGAACGGGUCGAGGACGAAGAGAAUGAGGAGAUGGACCCAGAAAUGAAGCGCGAUGAGCAUGAUGACGACCCCAUCGAUGAGCCAGACCUGGACAAGGAUGAGGAUCUUCCUGAGCCUGGGGAGCACUCGGCUAACAAGGAUGAAGGGUCAGACGGCAGGGCUGUGUUUGAGGACGAAGAGCGGAAAGAGCGCUCUCAGGAGGAUCAGGAGAAGAGUUUCCAUGGUGACGAUGUAUCCAGCGCUGUAACACAUGACCCUCCGGCAUCGCAGCAAGAUGAGCUGACCCAUCAUGCCCAAGAGAAGAUCUUGUUCGUGGAUGAUGCUUCAACUGCGGUUCCUCAUGAAAACCAGGAACCUGAGCACAAGGAGGAGGAAGAUCGCAAGGCCAUGGAGAAGAGUUCUGGAGGCGAGAAUGUGUCGAGUUCUGUGGACCAUGAUGCCCAAGUCACGAAUCCUCUCCCCGACGAACAGCUGAAGAACAUGGAUAGGAUCUUUGAAGGCACCACCAAUUUAUCAAAUGGAAUUACAUUCCGGGGCCCUCGAGUGAAUGGAACCAAUGCUGUUGGGGAGCAUGAAGCUUCUUCAAAAACUAAUGCAUCAUCCGACCCAAACAGGAGCACUCCCAGCAUGGUCUCAGUAAGCAAGACUGAUCCAACUCCAGUGAAUAUGACAAGCAGCCAUGCUGUAUCAGGGACAAGUAAUUCAACCUCUUUGAAAGGUCAACAUGAGCAGCCAGUGAAUUCAACAGCAGCGUCGAACAACCAAAAACAACUCUUAGCUGACCUGACUUCUGCUGAGCUGAAUUCUCCACCGAAUGGGACUGUGGCUUCAGGUUCAACUGAUGACCAAAAGGCCACAUCCAGAGACGGGGACAAUGCCGGUAACAACACCGACACCUCUUCCACUCCGGUGAGCAAUAAAGAAGACGGUGGCAGCGACGCUCAGAAGGAAGACCAAGACGUGUCGACGAAAAUCAUGAACAAAGCGAUCGGCGAAGGCGAAGUUCUCCUGGAGUGA